GAAGAAUGUUGUGCAGAUGCGAAGAAAUCGAGACGCGAAGCUCACGGGACGCGCCAAAACCCACAGUUGGAUUUGCAGGCCACGGUAGCCAGCAGCCACAGGCGCAAGGAAGGCCAUCGCCAGAUCCGCACAGAACCAAGCACUCAAGCACAGAAUGAAUAUUCCCUGCACAGGAAGUGGAAGAUCCGAGUCCUGGUGUUCUUUUUACUCAACCGAAUUUAUCUGACUUCUGUAGCAACGCCAUGUGAGUUGGACCUGUUGCGAGUCCCCUCUUUGGACGGACAGACACCCCCUCAGCUCACCUCGUGAGCAUUCGCGGCAGCAGCAGCAAUGGGGGAACAUCUCUCCUCCUCGUGACCGCUCAGGGAUUUGAAGUGAGGAGGGGAGCUUUGUUGCGCUGUCGCGUUUGAUGUGUGCUUGACGACUCGAGCAGGGGAAGAGGUAGGUUUUUUGAGUUUCAGGGGAUUGUGGGUUUUUCGUUUGCGGAGCGACAUUUGAAGAAUGGCGGAUGUCGGCGUUUCCGUGGCGCCCGCCAUCAAUAGAACGUACGAAGAUGCAGUUAUUGCGAUGAACUCGCUCAUCACACGCAAGUCUAACGCUUCACGACCUGACCCUGAUACCUUUGAGCUUAAUUGGAGAAACCAGUUCCAGUCCCUUUUUAAAUGCCUCCAGGUACUGGAGCUAGAGGAACCUCUUUCACGUCUUAGUGUGAUUCACGUUGCGGGAACAAAGGGAAAGGGAUCCACGUGUGCGUUCACAGAAAGGAUGUUGAGGGAAUCUGGCUUCCGAACUGGUCUUUUCACGUCGCCGCAUCUCCUGGAUGUUCGCGAACGCUUUCGCUUGAACGGUGAGGAGAUAUCCCAGGAUCGAUUUCUUUAUCACUUCUGGUGGUGUUGGGAUCGCCUCAAGGCUGUGAAUGAAAAGUUGCCAGGCUUUUUUCGGUUCUGCACCCUCUUGAGCCUCCGUAUGUUCACGGAAGAAAAGGUGGAUGUUGCGAUUUUGGAAGUCGGUCUUGGUGGUCGCCUAGAUGCAACUAAUGUUGUUAAAUCUCCUGUAACUUGUGGCAUCGCGUCUCUUGGAUUCGACCACAUGGAGUUGCUCGGAGAUACAUUGGAAAAAAUUGCAUGGGAAAAAGCUGGCAUUUUCAAGGCAGGUGUUCCAGCAUUCACUGCUCCACAGCUAGAUGAAGCUAUGGGUUCCCUUCUAAAGAGGGCUAAAGAGUUAGGGAUUACUUUAGAAGUAGCCCCUCCACUGGAGAAUUAUAACUUGCAUGGUUUGCAACUUGGACUGGGAGGUCAACACCAACGCGUCAAUGCAGCUUUGGCUGUUGCAUUGUGCAAGCAGUGGGUGAUGACCAGACCUCCAUCUGAGCUUCACGACGGACUUAAGAAGGUUCUAAGUAAUGGAAGAUUGCCGGAUUCGUUCGUUCGAGGUCUACAGUUGACCAAGUGGGCAGGCAGAGCUGAAGUUAUUCACGAUCCAUCUGGAUGCUUGUCGUUUUAUCUGGAUGGAGCACACAGCCCUGAAAGUAUGGAGGCUUGUGCAAACUGGUUCUGUUCAUCUAUAAGACUCGAAGAAAACUUGAAAACACCGGAGCAGAAUGGCAGUCAUUAUUUGUCAAAUAGGGGCGCAGAUGAACAAGAUUGGAAUUCCAGAGGCACCAUGGUGAGAAGGGUUCUUUUGUUCAACUGUAUGCCGAAGCGGGAUCCUGUGGCACUUCUACAACCUGUCGUCAAUUUGUGUUCCCGAAAUGGGUUUCCUCUUCAUGCGGCUUUCUUUGUACCACCUUAUUCUAGUUACACAUCUGUAGAUGCACCCCAAGUAUCUACUACCGCCGUAGAUACAACUUGGCAACAGACAUUGCAGCGACACUGGGAAUCUGUAUGGCAAAAUAAGAUUUCAGGUGAAUCUAGUGAUGCCUCUCCUGCUCAAGAGGAAAUACAUGUAUCCCAGAUAGAGCUAUUGUCUGAUUUGAGAAAUGCCCCGGAAGGACAGCCGCAACAUGGCAGCUGCUUAGGUCCAUCAAGUGCAGUUUUACGAUCACUACCAGCUGCUGUAGAUUUCUUCCGCAACUGUUCAAUUCACCAUCCUUAUCUAAGGAUUCAGGUCCUUGUAACAGGUUCGUUGUAUCUGGUCGGUGACGUCUUAAGACUUCUCAAGCACUAACUGCAAACCUGCCAUUUAAGACUGCUACGAAUUUAAACAACCCAUUUUUACGUGUCAAAGGGAGGUCAUUGUGUAUCAAUUGCCGUGAGCUCUUGAUAUAACGUCUGUUUUAUCAGAGAGCGCACCAAGCAACUAUUUUUUACCGUCACUGUAUUGCCCGUUAGCCUGUUGUAACUGUUGUAACACAGGAAUAACUUUGCUCAAGUUUAAUCAGUUUCUGUUUUUCCAUCAACUUGGAAAUCUGUGUCCGAAUCAGAGGGAAUGAUAAGGACCUCAAUUCGUCGUCCCUGCAACUUUAAUUCUUUCAACAGAGAAAGUUCAGAAAACUUGAAGGGACCAAAGCUGCAUUCAACAAAUAUUGACUAAACCACUGCAAUGACAAUGCCUUCGUUUUGCCUGCUUUUGGUCA